UUGCAUUGCACCACACUAAAAAUUUUUUUCAAGGACAGCGAGUAAUUUAGUCUUCAAUCUUCACCGAAACAUUUGACGGAGAGAUCGUCAGGGGUCACAGUCCGAAUCAUGUCAUCGUUUACCGGCUCAUUCGGUGACGAGUCACGACUCAGCGGAUCGACUCGGCCCUUCGAUGACGACGGCUACGAUCCUCGUCUUUCUGCGCAGCGAUUUGACGCAUCUUUCUCCAACUUCGACGUCGACACCAUAAAGGAAUCGGCCGGUGACUCGUCGCCUAUAUUCCCUAGCCAGUCGUAUGGCAUCGGAGAUGAAAUCUUCUCAUCGAAUCCGGUGCCGGAUACUCCAUCGCCGCCGUCUAUAUACUCUGCCGGUGGCGGAUUCACAACUUUCUCGCCGGAGCAAAACGGUAAGAGUUUUCAUGGAGGUCUAGUUGGACUGGACGAUUCGAUCUUACCACCGCCGGCCGAGAUGCCGCCGGAGGAAGGCUUUGCUCUCAGAGAGUGGCGUAGACAGAAUGCUAUUAGACUUGAGGAGAAGGAGAAGAAGGAGAAAGAGAUGCUACAAGAAAUUAUUGAGGAAGCAGAGCAGUACAAAGUUGAGUUCUAUAAGAAGCGUGCCCUUGCAAUUGAGAAAAACAAAGUUAACAGGGAGAAGGAGAAGCUGUUUUUGGCAAAUCGGGAGAAGUUUCAUUCUGAGGCUACAAAGACCUGCUGGAAGGCAAUUGCUGAACUGAUUCCCUACGAGGUGCCAGCCAUAGAGAAAAGGGGGAAGAAAGAUCAGGACAAGAAGAAGCCUUCCAUUGUUGUGAUUCAGGGACCUAAGCCUGGAAAGCCAACGGAACUCUCUAGGAUGCGACAAAUACUUGUGAAGCUCAAGCACAAUCCUCCGACUCACAUGAAGCCCAAACCACCACCACCACCGCCUUCAGAACCUAAAAAGGAUGCUAAAACAGGUAGCCCUCCUCCUCCUACUGCUGCUCCCUCUAAGCCCACUGCUACUCCUGCGGCUGUAGCUGCAGCUUGAUGGAUACCACACUGCCAGUUGAAUCUGCUGUUAUGAAAAGUAAUAUCCAGAGAUGUUUAUUUGUAUGAUAUUACACACUAUUGGUGUCUUAAGUCAGUCUUUAUGAUGUGCUUGUUGAGGCAUGUGGCAUUUUUCUUGUAGAAAGAUUUGUUAUUUUUCCUGUAUCAAUUUUGCUGAAGUUUGGGUGUGCUUUUGUGUAGCCAACUUGUUAUUUGAUCUUUACAUCUCUGCCUUUCAAGGAAACAAAUGUCAUCUGCAAUUAAGUAAUUAGAUUGGAUGAUUGAUUUGCAA